CUGCUUUUUUCACAUGUUAUUACUCUUACGUUCUGUUUAAACCUUUCCACUUCAGGAGGGCUAGCCUUGAAUAACAAAGAAAAGGCACGGGUGUAUGCGGAAUUGGGUUUCGAUUGGUCAUUGUUCCUCAGCACCUUUGUGCACAAUGAAUUGGUAACGAUGACCAUCAAAAUGUUUGGUAACGAUGAGCAGAAGCAGAAGUAUCUUCCAAAGCUUGCAUCCGGGGAAAUGACUGGUGCAUUCUGCUUGCACGAGUCUUCUUGCGGUCAAGACAUUGCCGGUAUUCAGUCGAGGGCAACGCCGAUCCAGCAUGACGGUAAAGAGUACCUGAUGUUUAACGGCCUCAAAUCAUGGGUGACCAACGGCGCCCUGGCCGACGUGCUCAUUGUCUUUUCGAAGAUGAGAAGUAUAGCGGAUGAUGCGGUAGGUGAACAGUACUAA